CCGCGGCGAUGUUCAACCGCGCCGUGAGCCGGCUGAGCAGGAAGAGGCCGCCGUCAGACAUUCACGACGGGGAUGGGAGCUCCAGUAGCAGCCACCAGAACCUUAAAAGCACAACCAAGUGGGCAGCCUCCCUGGAGAAUCUGCUUGAAGACCCAGAAGGCGUGAAGAGAUUUAGGGAGUUUUUAAAAAAGGAAUUCAGUGAAGAAAAUGUUUUGUUUUGGCUAGCAUGUGAAGAUUUUAAGAAAAUACAAGAUAAAAAACAGAUGCAGGAAAAGGCCAAGGAGAUCUACAUGACCUUCCUGUCCAGUAAAGCCUCAUCCCAAGUCAACGUGGAGGGCCAGUCCCGGCUCAAUGAGAAGAUUCUGGAAGAACCGCACCCUCUGAUGUUCCAGAAACUCCAGGACCAGAUCUUCAAUCUUAUGAAGUAUGACAGCUACAGCCGCUUCUUAAAGUCUGACUUGUUUUUAAGACACAAGCGAACCGAGGAAGAGGAAGAAGACUCGCCUGAUGCCCAAAGUACAGCUAAAAGAGCUUCAAGAAUUUAUAACACAUGAGCCCCCACCAGAAAGCCAGGGUCGCAGCUUGAAGGAGCCACAGACUUUUAACAGGACCCACCUGGGUGGAUAGUUGCUUUGUUAUUUGCAAGACUGAAACAUGCAAACACCCUUCCAUGGGAUUCAUGUAUUUUAUUUACUGCUUGACCAGUAAGUUUUGCAUGAUAGCUAAUCUUACAUAAAAAAA